CGGCGACCGACCGGUCAAACGCUUGAAAACUUCUAAUGUCCGCGGGUUCACCCAUUCGUACCUCGUAACGUCACAAAAAAUAGCUUAGCGAUUUCGUGUGACGUCAAAUUUGAAGGAGUUAGGGAAAUUUUCCUGGAUAAAUUACAAGAUGCGCUUUACGGACAAGUUCCGUAAAAAACUGAACGUCAUGUUGCAGUUUUUCGUGCUCAGCGCGUUUUCCAUCAACGAAUCUGCGGCUGCCAGGCGACCUAUUGUCAAUGGAACCUGGAUUCGUAUGGGUAUGAUCAUCGACGAAAUGAUGCAGAGCGACCAAGGCCCGCCGUCGUGCAAAGCCUUGCCAGGCCUGAGCCCGGGCCAAACGAAGCUUUGCCAGCUCUACAUCGACCACAUGAACGCGGUAGCCUUGGGCGCCAAGCAAUCCUUGAACGAGUGCACGCACCAGUUCCAGAACAGACGAUGGAACUGUUCCAUAUUGGACGACGUCAACGUUUUCGGACCGGUUAUUACUAUAGCUAGUCGGGAAACGGCUUUCGCGCACGCCUUGGCAGCCGCAGGAGUGUCGCAUUCGAUCUCGAGGGCUUGCAGGGACGGUCAGCUGGCCUCGUGCGGAUGUUCCCGCACCGAUCGACCCAAGGAUUUGAAAAAGGCAUGGGUUUGGGGUGGAUGCGGGGAUAAUUUGCAGUACGGUUACAAAUUCACUCAGAAUUUCAUCGAUGUUCGAGAAAAAGAGCGAAAAUUCAAACGAGGUUCAAGAGACCAGGGACGGGCACUGAUGAAUUUGCAUAAUAACGAAGCUGGAAGGAGAGCAGUAAUAAGAAAAACCAAAGUAACCUGCAAAUGUCACGGCGUGUCCGGAUCCUGUUCCCUGAUCACUUGCUGGCAACAACUGGCUAAUUUCAGAGAAAUUGGUGAUUAUCUACGUGACAAAUACGACGGCGCCACCGAAGUGCGCGUAAACAAACGCGGCCGCCUUCAAUUGAAAGACCCCCACAUCACCAUCCCCACCGCUGACGAUAUGGUUUAUCUGGAAGAUUCUCCGGAUUAUUGCGUCAGAAAUGACGUGACCGGUUCGCUGGGUACUCAAGGUAGGCCGUGCAACCGGACCAGCGCCGAUAUCGACGGUUGCAAUAUUUUGUGCUGCGGCCGAGGCUACAACACGCUGAAAACUGUCAUCAAGGAGAGAUGUCAGUGCAAAUUUAAGUGGUGCUGUGAGGUCCAGUGCAAGACUUGCGUGAAGUCUUUGGAUACGCAUACUUGCAAAUAAAUGUCGUCUAUAUUGGUACAAAAUGAGUACUGAGAAAUUAUUUAUUUAUUAAUUUAAAUGUAGUUUUAUACAUAUUUAUAUUUGUAAAUUGCAUAUAAUUGUAGGAUUUUUAUGGUGUACUUAAAUUUAGAACUGAUAUAAUCAUUUUUUAUUGUUGGUGUUUUAUUUUCCGAUCGUUCAAAAUAUACUGUUG